CUGAUCGGCUACGCGCGUUGUUCCACGGACAAGCAGGACCUGACGGCGCAGAGACAGGCGCUCGCCGAGUUCGGUGUCGCAUCGGAUCGCAUCUACAUGGACAAGGGCCUGACCGGCACCAACCGCGCCCGGCCCGGUCUGGAUCAGGCCAUGGCCGCAGUGCGCAAGGGCGACACCCUGGUGGUGCCAAAACUGGACCGCUUGGCAAGAUCGGUUCCCGAUGCCCGGCACAUCGCGGAUCAACUACAGGCCAAGGGGGUGAAGCUCGCCCUGGGCAGCAAUAUCCAUGAUCCCAGCGACCCGAUGGGCAAGAUGUUUUUCAAUAUCCUGGCCAUCUUCGCCGAGUUCGAGGCCGACCUCAUUCGUAUGCGCACGCGUGAAGGGAUGGCCAUCGCCCGCGCCAAGGGCAAGUUGCGGGGCAAGCAACCCAAGCUCUCCGACAAGCAGCAACGGGAACUCUGCCGCAUGCACGCCACCGGCGACUAUUCCAUCGGCGAUCUGGCGGAAGUUUUCGCCGUAUCGAGGCCGACCGUCUACCGGACGCUCAACCGCGCCGCUGCUUCUUCAUGA